GAAGUGCGUUUAAGCUUCUGCAAAUAAUAUGACGAUACUGCAUUAUAUUAAUUGGUGUGAAGAAGUUGUUGAUCUCUGUGCAGCUCCUGGUAGCUGGAGCCAGGUACUAUCUCGAAAACUAAGAGAAGCACAUGACGAAAAAUGUGAAGAUUUGUUGCUGUUGAUCUACAAGCCAUGGCACCUAUUAGUGGGGUUAUCAAAUCCAAGUGACAUCACAAAGGAGUUCACAGCGCAAGAGAUAAUUAGAAACUUUGAAGGUGAAGCAGCAGAUUUGGUCGUCUGUGAUGGAGCACCUGAUGUGACCGGCCUUCAUGAUGUGGAUGAGUACAUACAGGCACAGCUGCUAUUGGCUGCACUGAAUAUCACGACGCAUGUGCUCAAGCGUGGAGGAACGUUCGUAGCAAAGAUCUUCAGAGGCAAAGAUGUCACACUCUUAUACUCACAGCUCAAGAUCUUCUUUCCAAAUGUGACAAUCGCUAAACCAAGCAGUAGCAGAAACUCCAGCAUAGAGGCAUUUGCUGUGUGUCAGAACUAUUCACCACCAGAUGGCUACGUUCCGAAUAUGUCCAACCCACUUCUUGAUCAUCAUUACGACAUGGAUUUCAAUAGCCUGGAAGGAAUAAACAGGGUGAUAGUGCCAUUUCUGGCCUGUGGAGAUCUCAGUGCAUACGACUCCGACAUGACUUACCCUCUACAGUUAAAAGAGGGAGAGGACUAUACGUGGAGGCCUCCUACCCAGGGUCCAAUAGAACCUCCAUACAAGGAUGCUUGUUUCCUGAAGAAGAAUGAGCUACUGGCUAAACCAUCAUCAUCAUUAUCAUCGUCAUCAUCAGGAAAGGAUACUACCAAGAGUACUCUUGAUACUACUCAUCCCCAACUUGAAUAAGGUAUGCAGUGUAGCCAGUCAUACACGAUACAGUUACUGUCAGCUCAUCCACAAUAGACAGAUGGCAUAUUAUAGGGUUGUAAAAAAUGAGAAUUUAUUUAAUAAAUACGUUGUAAUCCUUUUUCGAACAAUAGUAUGCUAUUUGUUAUUUUCAAUAAUGGUUCUUUUUAAUUUACUCGUGUUCUUACAUUGAAAGCUUUCAACACGAGGUAUAUAGGAAAUGGGACAGCUCUGAAUUUGCACAUUUUUAUAUGGUAACCCUACUGGAUGUUAAUAGACUCAUUCGAUAUGGUGUAAAGAUCAUAAAUGUGUGAAUGUUUUUUACUGAAUUAUGAAAAAAGUGAAGAUACUAGAAAUACUGAAUUAGGGUUACUGCUGUACGUGUGCGUAUAAGCAAACAUGAUUUAGUGAGUGACGCGUUGUCACUUUUUAAAAGUGUUUAAAGUAGGUGUAAUAGUUGGGCAUUAUAUGAAUCAAUGUUUGCUAUUAUUAGCUUAUUAUGUCAGAGGGUUUUAUAUUACUGUUGAUGAUGUUUUAGAAUACUUCAAAGUAAUUAGACUAAUCUAACUGUUGCUGGCUUUUUGUCAGCUCAAACUCCCUGUCACUGAUGUUGGGUUGUACUCCGUGGAAGAUUUCCUUACAGUUAUCCAGUUUCGCUUCUCGUAUCUUACGAUCUUGUGUACGUUUUUAUGUAGAUGUACGCAUGCUUUCUUUGUUCUCCAAUAAGCGCAUAAUUAUGGUCAGAUGUUCAUUUAGAAUGUUAUAUUCCAUUUGUAAUUCUGUCGCUCGGAGCCCACGCGUCUGCAAUCACUAGCGGAUUAAGGGCGGGGCAACAGGGGCACGUGCCCCGGGCCCCCCA